AUGUCGACGGCCAUGAAUUUCGGGGCCAAAAGUUUCCAGCCGCGGCCCCCGGACAAGGGCAGCUUCCCCCUAGACCACUUCGGCGAGUGUAAACGCUUCCAGGAGAAAUUCAUGAAGUGUCUCCGAGACAAUCAUUUUGAAAAUACCCUGUGCAGAAAUGAGUCCAAGGAGUAUCUGCAGUGCAGAAUGGAGAGGCGACUGAUGGCACAGGAACCACUGGAGAAGCUGGGGUUUGGGGACCUGAUUGGGGGCAAGUCAGAGACGUCCCUGCUGGCUGACCCCAAGGCAGAGUUCCUGGCAUUUGGAUACGUGGUCAGGGCAGACCUCACCUGUGGCACCUCGCAGAUGGCGUUUUUUGCCAACGGGAGGCCUGUAGUGACGCUGCAGCAACGCUUACUCACUUCUGGGACACACUGUGAUGAUGAGGGCCAGACCCCUCCCCGUCAGAGAACCGUGAAGGUGUGUGUGGGGGGUGACGGGAUGUGCUACCCCGACUGGGCCUCCCACACCCUCGGAGUCUUCAUCUGCCUGAGCUGCUCGGGCAUCCACCGGAACAUCCCCCAGGUCAGCAAGGUGAAGUCUGUCCGUCUGGAUGCCUGGGAUGAAGCCCAAGUGGAGCUGAUCCUCUUCAGCCGUCAGUGUUUAUGA